AUGUCGAAGCCAACCGCCAACUGGGAAAAGGUCGGCGACAAGUUCUACCGCAAGGUCCAGCUGUACACGGCCGUGUUCGACCAGGACCUCGAGCUCGAGAAGUACAACGUGGUCGGGGCUCCGUACAGCGGCGCAGUAGCCGUCUACCGCGAUGAAGAGAAGCUGCACACGUACAGAGGGCCCGGGGUCGCCAAGUCGAGCAUCGACGUGUACAGCUGCGCCGGCAAGCUAAUUCGCAGCAUCAAUUGGGACAAGGGCAUCAUCAAGGGCCUUGGCUGGUCAGAGGACGAGAAGCUGCUGGUCGUCACCGAGGACGGCACGGUGCGCUGCUACUACGACCUCCAGGGCGACUUCGCACCCUUCACGCUGGGCCAUGAUUCGGACCAGCACGGCGUUGUCUCCUGCCGCUUCUACACCACCGGCUUCGUUGCGCUGCUCGGCAACAACCACCUCAUCUCGGUCGCCUCGUACGCGGAGCCGCGCCCGAAGCUGCUCGCCAUACCGCCCACGGAGCCCGUCGUGUCGUGGAACAUCAUACCGCCUGCGUACUCGCUCUCCCGCUCCGUCGAAGUCAUUCUCGCCAUUGGCAGCACCCUGUACGUCGUGGAUGCGACCGAGGCCGAGGACCGCAACUUCGAUGCUGGCCCGUUCAAGCACAUCAGCGUCAGCCCGCGCGGCGAGUUUCUCGCCUUCUACACAGAAGACGGCAAGGUCUGGGUGGUGAGUGGCGAUUGGAGCGAGAAGCUCAGCGAGUAUGACAGCCGCGUCAAGACGGUGCCCAAGGAUAUGCAAUGGUGUGGAUCCAAUGCUGUCGCCCUGGCCUGGGAAGACGAGGUGCAUCUGAUAGGUCCGAAGAGCGCAGCCACCAAGUUCUACUACGACACCUGGGUACACUUGCUGCCGGACGUUGAUGGUAUACGGCUGCUGACCAACGAUGUGUGCGAAUUCAUCCAAAAAGUCCCUAACGAGACUGUCGAGGUAUUUCGCCUUGGAUCGGACUCGCCUGCCGCAAAUCUACUCGAAGCCUCCUCGCUGCUGGAGCAAAAGAGCCCCAAGGCAGACGAUCUCAUCCAGCUGAUUCGGCCUAAUCUGGCUGAGGCGGUAGACGCGUGCAUCAAAGCUGCGGCGCACGAGUACAACAUCCACUGGCAGAAGUCGCUGCUCAAAGCUGCGUCGUACGGCAAGUCGGUGCUCGAUCUCUACUCAUCAGACGACUUUGUAGACACGUGCGACACGCUGCGAGUCCUGAAUGCUGUGCGCUUUUAUAAGAUUGGACUACCUCUCAGCUACGACCAGUACCGACGAAUGACGCCCGAGAAGCUGGUCGAGCGCCUCACAAACCGCAAUGAAUAUCUCCUUGCGCUGCGAGUUGCCGAUUAUCUACACCUCCCAGCGAGCCAGAUCCACGGUCACUGGGCACAGCAGAAAGUGCGCGUCUCUACGGACCCCGAGGAAGAAAUCUGCAGUCUCAUCGUCAAGAAGCUCCAUGGCAAACCUGGCGUCUCUUUCGAAGAGAUAGCCCGCGCCGCCUACGACGAAGGACGCAUCCGUCUCGCAACCUCGCUCCUCGACCACGAGCCACGAGCAGGUAAACAAGUGCCUCUUCUCUUGAGCAUGAAGGAAGACACCAUUGCGCUUGACAAAGCCAUCGAGUCCGGCGACACAGAUCUCAUCUUCCACGUACUGCUGCACCUGCGCAAGAAACUCCCCCUCGCAUCGUUCUUCCGUGUCAUCAACAGCCGGCCCGUCGCCACCGCGCUGGUCGAGUCUUCCGCCCGGGACCAAGACACCGACCUGCUGAAAGACCUCUACUACCAAGAUGACCGACGCCUCGAUGGCUCUGCCCUCCUCCUUUCGUCUGCGCUCGCCCAACCCUCUCUAGCUCAGUCUCUCGACAAACUGAAACUCGCCUCCAAGUACCUGUCCGACUCGCGCGACGCCCCCGCUGUGUUCACACGCACCGCCAUCGACGAAGCCCAACGCUUGCUCCAGCUCCAGGCGCAGUUCGAAAAGGACCUGUCCAACGCGCGAGACAUCCCCAACCAAUCCACAACCGGUACCAGCCUCAUCGGCCUAAGUGCGAACGAUACGAUCUUCAAUCUGAUCAAACUGGGUCACCAGAAGCGCGCGCAGAAGAUCGUAAGCGAGUUCAAAAUCCCGGACAAGACGUACACAUGGCUUCGCCUACGCGCGCUCGUUGCCGCGAGACAUUUCAUCGAGAUCGAGGAGUGGGCCAAGCAGAAAAAGAAUCCGAUCGGGUGGGAGCCGUUCUUCAACGAGGUGUUGGCCGCCGGAAACGCAAGAGUGGCGUCCAUCUUCAUACCCAAGUGCACGAGCUUGACGGUCAGUGAGCGAGUGGAUAUGUGGGUCAAGUGCGGGUUGCUAGUCAAGGCUGGAGAAGAGGCGCAUAAGGCGAAGGAUAGGGAGUUGUUGUUGAGUCUGAGGGACAAGGCGAGUGGCAGUGCGUCGGUGGAGAUUGAAAGAUUGCUUGGAAUGCUACCGCAGGGGAGACGCUGA